AUGGCGCCUGGACGCCCCUUCCGUUUUUCUCCAAACCCCUUCGACCCGCCGAGCGAAAUUACAGUACCUUUGGUCGCGAACUACUCGCCGUAUACCUUGCCAUCCGUCACUUCAGGCACUUUCAUGAGAAGAACAGACCAGAAGCCCCUGACAUACUCCAUGCACUCAAGUCACUCUUCGCUGAGCCCACGUGAAAUCCGCCAACUAGCUUUCGUGUCCGAAUUUACAACUGACCUUCGGCACAUUCGUGGCGCCGACAAUGCCGCAGCUGACGCUCUGUCACGCAUUGCGGUAUCUUCCGCCACCACAGAUGACACCAUCGACUUCCGUGCCAUGGCUGACGCCCAAACACAUGACCAAGAGCUAGCCCGCUUACACACCUCAUCUAGCCAGACCUUGCAAGAUGUCAUCCUUCCCGACACCAACAUCUCCCUCACAUGCGACCUCUCUACCGGUGCACCACGUCCCUUCGUUCCAGAGCCUUUUCGCUUCACUGUCUUCAGGACACUCCACUGCCUUUCCCACCCCGGCAUCCGCGCCACCCAGCCCCUCGUCACGGCGCGCUACGUCUGGCCCCACAUCAAUUCAGACAUCCGCAUGUGGACACGUUCCUGCCUGCAGUGCCAGAAGGCGAAGAUCACCCGGCACAUCGUCACACAACCCCAGAAAUUCCCACCACCGAAGCAUCGUUUUGAGCAUGUCGCCCGUUUCGGCGUCCCAGCCGUCAUCACCACUGACAGGGGCCGGCAAUUUGAAUCCAAGCUUUUUCAAGACCUCCUCCACUUCCUGGGCUGCCGUCGCAGCCGCACAACAGCCUACCACCCCUGCAGCAACGGUCUCGUCGAACGCCUACACAGACAGAUCAAGACCGCGCUCUGUUGCUGCCCUGACCCCUCGUCUUGGGUUGAUAAUCUCCCUAUCAUUCUACUCGGCCUCCGCUCAGCCAUCAAGACGGACCUUGAAUGCCCUCCUGCCGUAUUAGACUACGGCGCCUUCCUCCACGUCCCCGGCGAAUUCUUGGGUCCCCCGUCUCUCGGUUCUGCACAUCUCCCUGCUGCCUCCCUUGACGGGAUCCGCGAAGCGAUUCGUGCUCUUCAGCUGACACCAACACGACUCCCCGCAUCCAUCAGCCCAUUUGUCUUCAAGGACAUUCACUGGUCUACUCAUGUUUUCAUUCAAAAUGAUGCUACCCGCGCCCCCCUUCAGCUACCUUACCAAGGCCCGUUCAGGGUACUUCAGCGGACGGACCGUCACUUCACCGUGGACAUCGACGGCAGCCACGACACCGUCUCGAUUGAGCGCCUCAAACCGGCCUUCCUCUACCCAUCGUACAUCCCCCUACCUCCCGUGUCCACCGCCGCUGCAGGACCUCCCUUGUCUCACCUCCUGCCCGCAGUGUCCGCUGGCGCACUCCGCUCCUCCACGGCUCAUGACUUCUGCGGAGGGGAAGCAGUGUGGGGGCUCGCCAGCGCGACGAUAACGACGACCAUCCUCAUCCUGCGCAUGCUCGCGCUCACACCACGCAUUCACCUUCCAUCGGAUUAA